AUGUCGAGUUUAGCCCAUAAAAUAUGGUCCAAUACUGAAACCCAACUCGACACCACCGCCAAACAAAACCCAUUGGUCCAGAAACUCUGCCGAAUAAUUAAUAUCUCCCCUCCCUCACCACUCUGCAGUUUCGACAGGUGUCUCCAUAGAAGAAAAAAAAAUCACUCACGUCUCUUCAUCACCAUGGAAACUCUGAGCUCCUCUGCAGCAAUCGUCUCAUCCUCCUCUUCUCCUCUAUCCUUCUUCUCUCCAAAACGAAAGGAAUUGAAUUCCCCUCCUAGACUCCUCCGAUUCCACACCUCUUCAAAAAAGGAUAACAAAGAUUCGGAUCUCCAAUCCAACUCUAAUGAUUCCAGCAUCGUCCCUCUCUUCAACAACCCCACGCUCUCCAAGGAUGCGGCGAUGGGAUUGGUAUUGAGCGCGGCAUCUGUGAGAGGAUGGACUACAGGUUCAGGCAUGGAAGGACCUUCAGUGCCAGCUGGAGCCGAGGACGGAUCCAAUACGGAGAAGGUCUCGACUCUCCCGUGGUCUCUCUUCACGAAAUCACCACGUAGGCGAAUGCGCGUGGCGUUUACUUGCAAUGUUUGUGGUCAGAGAACUACUCGCGCUAUAAAUCCCCAUGCUUACACUGACGGCACCGUCUUCGUUCAAUGUUGUGGUUGCAAUGUGUUUCAUAAGCUAGUGGAUAAUCUGAACUUGUUUCACGAGAUGAAGUGCUACGUGAACCCUAGCUUUAAUUAUCGAGAUGCGAAGUGGGAUGGUGGAUUCAAGUUGUUUGAUAUGGAUGAUGAUGAUCAUCAUCAGGAUCAGGAUGGUGGCGGCGACAUGUUUCCGAUGUAAAGAGGUGAAAAUGAUUGAUCUUGUGAUGUACAUUAUGUUUAAUAUACUCAGAACUGGAGCGUAUCGGGGUUGUAUAUAGGUUCUUUCUUGUUGCCAUUGGUUCUCAUUGGUGUGGUAGUGUAAUUAAUAAUAAGUGAGGUUUCAUUUUGAGCCGAAUAGACCAUUAUAAUUUAGAGGUGGAUAUUUAUAAUGAAAAAACUUUCAUUAUCGAGCA